AUGUUAGUCUCGUGGAACAUAAGGAGACUCAAUAAAGUAGGCAAAAUUUGUGAGAUAAGGUCCCAUCUCCAAGAGCUUAAGCCUGCUAUUAUCAUUUUAAUUGAAACUAGAGUUAAAGAAGCAAAAGCCAAGGUCGUUCGUGAGAAACUGAUGAUAUAUCACAAGCACAUUGAUAACUAUAAAGACCAUACUAAUGGUAGAAUUUGGAUUCACUGGGAUAGCAACAUGGUGGAUGUGAGAUUCAGUCAAAGCAGCAGCCAAUAUAUACACCGUGGUGUCUAUGACAGCAUUGGAGGUCUCAAAUAUUGGUUAACUGUUAUUUAUGCUCACAACCAAAUCAACAAGAGAAGAAUCCUUUGGAAAGAGAUGGAACACCUGUCUGCCAACAUCCAAGGUCCUUGGUGUGCUGUUGGAGAUUACAAUAAUGUAACCAAAGCCCAAGACAGAAUAGGAGGUAACCUAGUGACUGAAAAGGAAUAUGAAGAUUUGUAA